AUGCCAUCGUCUACGGCUGUUGCUUCUGCUCCCUCUUCUCAGCGCUUGAGUGAGGUACAGAAGAUUUCAGUUGCAUGUAGUAGCAAUGGGGAAUGUGACAAAGGUGGUUGCUGUGUUUAUUGCUCUUUGUCCUCUUCUACCUCCUCAUGCUCUUCAAAUUCAUCCCCACCAUCUGCUUCAUCCUCAAUCUUCAUGGAGCUUUGGCAUGCCUGUGCUGGGCCUCUCACUUCUCUGCCCAAGAAAGGGAAUGUGGUUGUCUACUUCCCUCAAGGUCACUUGGCGCAGGCUGCCUCUGCCUCUCCCUUUCCACCCAGGGAAGUGGCCACUUUUGAUCUCAAACCUCAGACCUUCUGCAGAGUUACUGAUGUUCAACUACUUGUUAAUGAGGAAAAUGAUGAGGUUUAUACACAGCUCACCCUUCUCCAUGUAUCAGAGUUGGUAGGCCUGACAUCAGAAGGCAAAGAGAAUGAGGAGUUUGUUGCGGAUGAGGAGGGGGAUGGCGUAACACCCACAAAAUCACCUGCUCAAAUGUUCUGCAAAACACUUACAGCUUCUGAUACGAGCACCCAUGGUGGGUUUUCUGUUCCUCGUAGAGCUGCUGAAGAUUGUUUCCCACCUCUGGUCUGGCUUUUUCUUUUUGUUUUGGCCUUUCUCGUUUGUAUUUUUUAUGGAUUUAGUUAA